AUGGACAUUAGCAAUCCAAGGAACAAUGGUGAUACAUUGGGUGCUGAUUGUGCACGUGAAACAUUGGUGUUAGACCCUCCAUGUGUGAGAGAAAAAGAAGUCACAAAUGCUCGCAAGAAAAGCUAUUUGGAGAAGAAGAAGCGAAGGAAGAAUGGAGGUUACACAUGUUCUCAAUCCGGUUUUGAACCAGCUUUUCACCCACCAGUCCAAUCACCUGGCAUGCCCCUACAUGUUAACUUUCAUAUUCAGGACUCUUCGAACAAAAUUGCUGAAAAUGAUAUGAGCAUGAAGCUACCAGACUUGAGUCAUGGUGGCCAAGAUAUUUAA